CAUCAUUGUAAUUUAACCCAUUUAAUAAUGAAGGCAAAAAAGAAGUACAAAAGAAAGCGAUGGGGGUAAAAAGAGGGUAAUGCGAGUGGGCGAUUGUAGCCGAGGGGAAGGCGCACUCUGGUGGGGAGUGCUGCUACUGCUACGCUAAACAAUCUCUAUCUCACACUCUCAAACUCCCAACAGGCAGCAGCAACCAUCCCAAAAUCGAGGAGAAAAAAUGUCUUCGUCAAGAACUGCCCCAAACGGGAUGCACCCUCGCUACAACCCCAGAUCCUCCUCCUCCGCCUCCUUCAAAGGCUGCUGCUGCUGCCUCUUCCUCCUCUUCUCCUUCCUCGCUCUCUUAAUUCUCGCCAUCGUCCUCGUCGUCGUCCUCGCCCUUAAACCCAAAAAACCCCAGUUCGAUCUCCAGCAAGUCGGCGUCCAGUAUAUGGGCAUAACCAAUCCUAAUCCCACCACCGCCUCUCUUUCCCUCAACAUUCGAAUGAUUUUCACCGCCGUUAACCCUAAUAAAGUCGGAAUCAAGUACGGGGAGUCCCGGUUCACGGUCAUGUACCGAGGAAUUCCGCUUGGGAGAGCCUCUGUUCCGGGAUUCUUUCAAGAUCCUCACAGUCAGCGCCAGGUCGACGCCACCAUCGCCGUCGAUCGCGUUAACCUGCUCCAGGCUGACGCUGCUGAUUUGAUCCGUGACGCCUCCUUGAACGACCGUGUUGAGCUCAGAAUACUCGGCGAUGUUGCUGCUAAGAUCCGGCUCUUGUCCUUCAAUUCCCCCGGCGUUCAGGUUUCAGUAGAUUGUGCAAUUGUGAUUAGUCCAAGGAAGCAAUCUCUCACAUACAAGCAAUGUGGUUUUGAUGGCUUAAAUGUAUGACUCUCAUCCCUUCAUUCAACUUCUCUCUCCCCCUUUAGAUUCUAAAUCAUUAUUCAUUCAUUAGUUUUGUCUUUCGAUUAUUUCAUUUUGGUCCUUAAAUAACCAAUCAAUUCAGCUCUAAAAGUGAGGACUGAAAUGGUUGUAAAAUUGAGGACUAAAAUGGAUUCAUCGAAAUUUUUUGAAAAGAUGAAAUUAAUAAAUGGAUAAUAAUUUGGGACACGAUUGUAGAGUGUAAUUUCUCGAGAGAGAUUAGAAGAAAAUGUAAAAACAAUUUUUUUUUAUUAUUUUUAUUGAGAAUAUUACUAUUCGAUGAAGAAGUGAAUCCGAAUCUAUAAAUGAAUUAUGAACUUCUAGACUUUUUAUACCUCUCAAAGAAGCGACACAAAAAGUAAAAGAUAAAAAGGUGAAAAAAAAUGGAUGUGAUUUUUUAAACUUUUUCAUUCCUUGAGAAAUUUGGUUUUAAAAGAAUAAAAUAUGUUUUGUGGUACACUUUUUUUUAAUAAUUAUUUUGUAACGUUGACAUUGUGUUUACUUCAACACUAAGAAACUUUUUUUUUUUCCUUUUCUUUUCUUUUCUUUCAUGUGGUGUAUUGGCGGAGGAUCAUGAUGCUAUAUCCACACAUCAAAAGGGGGGAAACGAUCUAAUUUUAGAGAAAACAAUGGGUUUAUGACUGAUGAAAUUGAUUUUCAUAUAAUUAUUUAUAUGUUUGGUUUAGUGAUUUUUCAUAUAAUAAAUAGUGAUUUAUUUGAUGUCUAAAA